AUGCCUUCGUCCAGAUUAUCAAAUUAUCCCAAUUUUCUCUCACUCACAAAAGGAGUGAAUUUGAAUUUUACAUCAUUAGAGAAUACACUCUCGCUUACAGGUUUCAUUGGUUUAAUAUUGGGACGAAAAAUUGUGCGACUUCAAAAAAAGGUGAUUGCUAGGGUGAGCGUAUGUUUGGAAUUCAUUCUUGUUAUGGGUUUAUUUUAUCAUGCAAGUGCAUUUUUAAAUUACAAUUGA